AUGACGGUUACGCUCUGGAAGCACCAUCCACAGCAAGGUUGGAUACGGCAACUGCUCUUGGUGAAGGGCCAAUUUGUCGACCACGAAUGCACGCCCUUUUUCACAGAGCUUCUAGCGAUGAAGGAGGACUUCUACGACGGGCUGUCUGGUGUGGCCGCGAGCGAGCUGCGAGGGAUUCCGAGCGGACUGCAUCCCGAGCUCGUCCCGGACCCCCUGGUGAAGAAGACGGGCAUCCAGCAGUCCCUGCGGAUGGACUACGAUCUGUCGUGCGCCGAGGGACAUGCAGGCGAGAGAGUAUCCAGCACCAUGGGUGCCGCAAGGGUGAUGAAGCUUGAACCACCACCGUGGGUUUUCUCGAACAAGCCCGCAGAAAAUAAGCGAGAAGUCUUGGAGGACCUGAUGAGCGUUGGAAUGAUAGAGAACGAUGGUCACGAGGCUUUCCAGCUCGUCAGGCUGGCGGUGGGGGGGCUGUCUGACAAGGAGGGAGACUCUGACUACCACUUCCAGACAUUGCACUGGUACGCAGCGUGGCUGCGAGGCACAUGCCAGGUCAACCAAGGCUACAUCAAGGAUAGGAUGAUGGAGGCGCUGGGCGCGCUGGGGCCAGUGGAGGGCUACAAGGGACAGACUGGCAACAUAUCCUUCCGUAGGGAGGCCAAGGGGUUCCCGCGAAUCUGCGAGAAGACCUGGGAGCGGAUGGCGGAGAUCCGGCAGGAGCUCCAAGAGAUUCGCGAGCGUGACAGCAAUCAAUUUACCGCCGACGAGCAGUUUAAGAUCUUGAUGUCGCAGACGGCCGCGUACAUUUGCGACAUCGCAGGCUGCACCUUCAUCGCCGAGAGCCCAGAGGAGCUCCUCGCCGCCUUCGGCGCCCUGAGCGGUCUGGUGCGCCCAGACCUGCCGGAGGAGCGGCUCGCCGCGGUCCUGCUCCUCAGGGAGGAGCGGCGGGUGGAGCCGGGGGCCCUGCUGUGCGACAACUUCAGGACCUCCGACUACUUCGAGCUCUCCUUCGACCUCGUCGUCAACCGGCUGCCCAGCGAGGCGGAGAGCAUCGUCGGCCUGGUGCAGCUCGAGCGGGGGGAGGCCCUCCUGCCGGCCGUGUACCUGCUGGGCGGCAGCCUCUGCGCCAUCGCGGGGCGGCCGGGGAAGCUCGUGACGUGCGUCGCGGCGGAGGAGAUCGUGGCCGAGCGGUCCGUCGGGGUGGCCGUGCGCCUGACGGGCAUGGCCUUUAGCGUCCACAUCGACGGGCGGCAGGUCGGCUCCACGGGCGUGGGCCCGGGCUUCGCCAAGGGCCGGCUCGGCGUCGCCGUGUACGCGAGCGGCGCGCAGCGGCCGGCGGCCGACGCGAACGUGCAGGGCCUGCGCUACAAGGCCCUGGACAUGCACGGCAAGGCUCUGCAGUGGCACACGAUCGGCGGCGCGGUGCAGCCGGUGCUGAAGAGGUCGAGGUUUGCCUGCCCGCCGCUCGGCGAGGACGCCCCGCUGGAGGCCUGGGGGGACGGGCGCUGCAGAACGCGGGUGCUGCGGGUGAAGAACCUGUUUCACAGGGACGCGCACAGCGCGGGCGGGUACCGCGACCUCAAGAUGUGGGUGUCCAUCGAGACGCCGGCGGGGCCGCUCAUCGCCGAGGUGCAGCUGCUGCUCAGGCCCGCGUUCGACGAGAAGAAGUGGAUGCACCUGCCCUACGAGUACUUCCGGGGGAGCCUCGACUGGCCCGAGUACAAGCCCGAGCCGCCAGAGGACGCCGGGGCCGCCGGGGGAGCGCUGGGCGCGCUCCCCGCGAAGGGGGCCGAGUCGCACUCCGAGCUCUCCUCCUCCGACGAGGACCUGCUGCUGAGGGGCCUGAGCUCAGCCUGCGCGCUCAUGUACCUCAAGAGUGCAGGUCUCGGCCUGGGUGUGCGGACGGCGCUGCCCGUUGCCUGA